CUUCAAAGUUCAAAUUAUUGUUUUCCAAUACUUGGAAGUUUAGACAAAUACAUCACAAGAUGAAAUCAGAGGUUAGUGCAGUUACAAGGGUGGUGGAUAAAAAUAAGGGCAUUGACAAAGGGAAAGGUGUUACCUGGGCUGUUUCUGUUUCUGAAAAAGAUUCAUUUUCUUCCACAAAGGCUGCACCUUUUUCAAGAUGGAAGAAGGGAAUUGCGGUAACAGAUUUCGUCCUACGACUUGGUGCCAUCGGUGCAGCUAUGGGUAGCGCUGUUACCAUGGGAACCAACGAAGAACAACUACCAUUCUUCACGCAGUUCCUCCAGUUCCAUGCUCAGUGGAGUGAUUUUCCCGUGUUCCAGUUUUUCGUGUUUGCAAACGGAGUAAUCAGUGGAUAUGCUAUCCUUAGCCUUCCCUUUUCAUAUGUGUGCAUUGUUCAACCACAUGCAGUAAGGCCAAGGCUUCUUCUUAUGACCUUCGACACAUUGGGGACUCAGGUGAUGAUGGGGCUAAUCAGUGUUGCGGCGGCAGGUGCAGCUGCGAUUGUGUACGUAGGUCAUAAUGGGAGUCAAGACGCGAAUUGGAUGGCUUUUUGCCAGGGAUUCACCAACUUUUGUCAAGCUGCUAGUGAGGCUGUGGUCCUUUCAUUUGUUGCAGCUGCUUUCUUCUUGUGUUUGGUCCCCCUCUCCGCUUUGGCUCUCAAAAGCAAUUGACUAGGUGUUUCGUUUCCGAACCAUGAUGGUGCUUAUUUGGGUGUCAAUGUUAUUGCUUGUUUGUCUACUUCUGUACAAUUAAAGUGAGAGAUUUUCAUGUGUAAAAUCUACUCUUAAUAUUGUAAAUUGGAAUAUAUAUGGAGGUUCUUAUUUUCAUCGUU